CAAAAUGAUUACAAAUACGGAGUAACUAAUUUCCACUAGGGCCGUACCGUAUAUGAUCAGAAUCGGAAAAAUACAUUGUUUAGUACAACUAAAAUACAAACAACUGCCACAUCUUGUCAUAAAAAACCAAGACCACUUGUCAACUGUGCGCCAUGUUAUUUUGGUUUUGUCAGGUAAAGGUGGAGUUGGGAAAAGUACUGUAGCAUCACAGCUUGCCCUUGGACUGAUGCAUUCUGGUAAAAAGGUGGGACUUUUAGAUGUAGACUUAUGUGGUCCAAGUGUACCAAAGAUGUUUGGUGUGGAAAGGAGUGACAUUCAUCAGUGUCCUGAAGGAUGGCUACCAGUGUAUGUAGACAAGGAACAGAGACUAGGUGUGAUGUCAAUAGGUUUCCUUAUAGAAGGAAAAGAUGAUGCUGUUGUGUGGAGAGGACCAAAGAAAAAUGCUAUGAUCAGACAGUUUUUAAGUGAUGUAGUUUGGCGGGAUAUUGACUACCUUGUUAUAGAUACACCACCUGGAACAUCAGAUGAACAUAUUACUGUGAUAGAAAGUCUCAAAUCUUACUGUCCAGAUGGGGCUUUACUGGUGACUACACCACAGGGUGUGGCAGUUGGAGAUGUGAGAAGGGAGCUGACAUUUUGUCACAAGACUGGAGUACCUAUACUGGGUAUUGUGGAAAAUAUGAGUGGAUUUGCCUGUCCAUGUUGUGGGGAAGUAACAAAUGUGUUCUCUAAAGGAGGGGGAGAAGCUCUUGCAAAACAAGCUCAUGUUCCUUUCUUAGGUUGUAUUCCAUUAGAUCCACAACUUGCACAGUCUUUAGAGGAAGGGAAAGACUUUCAGGAAUUAUUUACACAAUCUCCAACAAAUAAUGCCUUGAAUGAAGUGUUAAAGAAACUCAUAGCAGUUGAUAAGGACUUCUAGCCGAUGUACCGGUUUUUAUUCUGUGCCAUUGUUUGUUAAAAAUAUGUUCUACAUAAUGAAAUUAUUUAAUGGUACAGCAAAUGACUUGCAAUACAUUUACAUAAAUUGGGGUGGGAGAUGACUGUUGAUUUUAGGGGGUGAGAGAAAGUUAAACUGUAAAGCAUCUGAAAAUCAGGCAUAAUAAUUGGUUCAGAUAGGUACAGACCAAAUCAGAAACUACAAAUGGGGAAAAAAUGUAAUGGAGGUUAAUGUGGGAAACUGUAUUUUAGAUAAAGUUUUUUGUUGCUGGUUCUCUCAGAAAGGUCAGGUCAUCUUAAAUUUACCAUAGAAUAUUUUUUAUAUCUUGGUUAUGUAUGCUGUAUAUUUUACGAUGAUUUCUGUUUUCACACGAAAGACCAAUUUUCAUUUGUCUGAUUAUUCAAUCAACAGUUGUCAACCUUUAAUUUUGUAAGAAAAAAACAAGGUUCAUGUGCAUAGAUCUAUCAAACAUUUUCCCAUUUAAAUCACUGCAUUUCUUUGUUCAACUUACACCAAUUUUUCAAAAAGAACAGCAAAAAAAUUUAAGCUUUAAAUACAUCAUAUUACUGUUGAAAAACAAAGAAAAUCAGUGCUUGAUUAUCAUCAGUAUUAUAAUUAUGUUAAUGUUUUAAUAUUUGACAUACUCUCAGACUUGAGUAGUAAAAGUGUUUAUCUUUGUGUAUGACUAGAGUAAACAUUUAUGUUGAUACCUGCUGUACUGUUUGUCUUAGAGCAUGUAGAGUAGUUGAGAUUAUAUUCAUGGUUUAGAAACAAAUAUUUUCAAUGUCUCACUGUAUGUACAUAUCAUAGUUAAUAUUUUUAUAAUAGAUAAAUAGUCAUAAACAGAA